AUGUUAAUACGUGUGGUUAAUAUUCUUGACACAGAGACUAUUGGGACCCUUUAUACAUAUAUUUCCAAUCCAGGGACGUUGAUCCUUCAAGUUCCAACCACAACGGCAGCAGGUGCAACAUACAAUUAUAAGUUUCUACGUACUUCUAAUAUCAAAACAGUUGAAGUUAUUUCCAAAUCAAUUGAUCAAACAAAGAUUGUUAAAAUUAAUGAACUUGAUCCAAAAAAAAUUCCAUCUGUAAUCAAGAGAAAUACAGAAGCUGUUGAAUUGAAAAAACUGACACAAAAUGAUAAAGCCACCAAAGAAGGUCAACAUAUAUUUAAUACUCUUUAUAAGACCAUGCCAACCGUGAGAUGGAAGGACAAUUCAAUCAUCAUUUUAGAUGAAGUUAAAAUAAACCCACCUUACCAACUACAAGAGGUAAAGUCUAUUAUUAAUGAUCAAGAUCCUGAAGAAAGUGAUGCUAUUAGAUUGGUGAAGAAAAUAGUUGACGGUGUCUGGUUGAAAGUUGAGUCACAACGAAAAGGAGGUUGA